CACGUCACUCCGCCUAUUGUUCUGGCGGUGAAUUGCUCUGCAACACACGCAAGACUUUAGAACCAUGAAUUGAAACGAGUGCAGUACAAGACGGCAACCUUUACCCAACAUGUUACCCUAACCCUUACAACAAGUUAACAAGGCUGGCGUUACUUAGCAGUUAACGCUAACUAAAACUUACUCAGCAGCAGAAGACGUGGUGGCUCCAGCAUGCUUUUGUUUAACAUGUUUGUGCAUAACCAUGGUGCUGCUGUGAAACGACCAUUCUGUUCUGCAGAUGCUGCAUUGUACUGUGUGGUUUACUGUCAGACUUUGGACAGUCUCAUUCUGUUUUUUCGACUCUCUCCCCCCUCCGUUCAACUUCAGAAAGUUCUUCUUUUCCUUGGUGCUUAUAACGUUAGACAAUGGAAGUGAUACUGCCCCAGCACGCUGAAUGAAAAUGAUCGGUAGCUCUCAAUCUUUUCAUGUCGACGUCGUUGAUUAUGUCGGCUAAUCGUUGCGCCUCUACAUAAAAGUAGCUCCGGAUUUGGGACCCAAAAUGCGACCAGACCUGAACCGGCCGGUGGCUUCCGGUUACGUGAGACUCUUUCCACGAGGAGAGGCGGAGCGUGUCGUCAAAUACUAAAUGUGAUUGAGGGACGUCAUUGCUGGCUUUAAACAGCCUUUUUGUGAUAAGGAACAGAAAUAGUAACAUAAACCCAAAGUAUUUGGGAUGGAGGUUUGUGCAGUACUGGUAACAAACAGCAGGGAUACGUAAGAACGUCUUCCAUCUGCCACAGCCCUGACCCCAGUAAGUAAAAGUGAAGACGAAGAAAGGUCACCCUAAUUGUUAGGGUGUCACUGUGGACACACACACACAACCGCCGCUGAUAUACACACCGCAUGAACACACACACAGGGCAGGGAGGUGCUCUAGGUUUUGCUGACGUUUGUGGAAAAGGAAAACGCCACAGGAGAGGGGCAAAUGGUGUCUGGUGAAAAAGUGACUGGUGUUGGGUUUUGUUCCUCCUCCCCUUUCCUCCACAACCCUGCUGCUUUCCUACUGGGCAUCUUCAGUGGAUCAGUAGGUCAGCUGAUGUAUCCUGUGACAGAAUAUUCCACUGAGGCUGUGUGAAUGUUUCAUGAAUCCUUGAGAACAGUCGUGGGUGAAUUCAUAAAUAGUCUCUCUGGCAGAGACCGGAAUGUACCGUUGUUCUCCACAGCGGCACCAGAGCGGAGUGCUUCUGUGGAUGACAAGAAUGCACAGAUAAUUAAAAAAUAAAAACUUGUUUUGUGCUUUCUUUCUCUUUUUAAGUAUUGCUAAGAAGAAAAAUACAGCACCUGGUGCUGGGCGGUGCUGAGUGAAAGGUCAAUACGUGAUCGGCCUACUGCUUCAUUACAACCACUGGUACAAACGUUAUUGAUCCGAGCGACUGGAUAGGCCUUGUCUGACGCUGUAGUCCUAAUGGCACAUGUGUCACUGAGCUCCAGGCCCUGUUCCCCGGUGACACGGUGGACCUCUGUUAAAGACGCAAGGAAACGUUCCGUCUGUGCCCUGCAAAAAGGAAUUUGUCACCGGAAAGAACACAGCGGUUCAGAGAUGGCGGGUGGAAGUAUUUGUCAUUGGAAUUAGACCCGAGGGAAGUGGAAUCCACCUAAAACUACAAAGACCGUUUGAGUCUUUCCAUGUCUUAAACCCUGGAAAAAGACAAACGGUGCCAAACAGACUCGGUCCAAAGUGACACAACCUUUUAGUUGACGAGAAUCCCCUUAUCUGUAGAUAAUGCUGGAAAACAAAAUGUUGAAUAUUAACUUCUUUCAAGGUUGCGAUACAGGUUCAUACACUGCAGCAUGUAUAUCACAGCAGUGUAAAGGAGAGGAAACAGAGAUAAUCAUGACCCGUUCAACUUUCAAUCAAAGACACUAUUUAAAUGGUAAUCAAGCUCAAGCUCAUUGUGUGAUCUCUCUAAUCAUAUCGUUUUAGGGUUAGACGAUAUAUCAGCUGAUGCCUGCCCAUCCUCAACAAUUCUGCUUGGAUUAUUUCUUCUGAAGUACCCGGUGAUGCAAAGUGUUGCCUGAGAUGCACUGUAAUUCGGUCAAUCAAUCCCCCUGCUGCCAGCUCUUAGUUGGACCAUAUGACUUUCACCUUGGCGUCCAACACACCAGCAAGAUGCAAUAAAAAUGUAGCAGCUGCCUAUUAGCACAGCACUAUGUGCACACCUGUGUGUGUGUGUGUGCUGCCUGCCUCUUUGUCUACUGAGGGAAUGGAAAAAAUGGGAAGAUGAAACAAAAACAAAAGGGAUGGAAAAAAUGUAGGGCUGUGCACACGCUUACAUAGCAGCCACAGCGGGGCGAGGUCUGCAGAUGAUUAGCACCUUCUCUCUCACUCACACACACACACACACACGGUAAUGUUUAACAUCAACAAACAUCACUUACAUGAGCGCAUUGGCUUCACUGUUGGGAAGCUCAACACUUUAUUUUCCAUCUGACACACACACAUGGAUCAUUUGACCAUGCAAUAACACUUGCUCUCAGGGAGCCUCAGACAUCAAGUACAGACCGUGGACGUGGUGUCUGAUGCGUUACGAUUGGGGGUGUGACAUUAGGGGGGUGUAAAUGAAGUGUAAUCACAAACCUCAAUAUCAUUUCACGCUGCAUCUCCCUGAACAAGGGCGAUACAGGGAAUAGAUGGAUGGGUUACCACACUAAGAAAAAAAAAUGUUGCAUCUACUUAACUAUGUUAUGUCAACCGGUUGCACACAACUGUUGUUUAAAAAGGAAAAGCAAUGUACUAUUAAUGUGAACAACAAAUCUUAAGUGAAUCUUGCUUAAUUAUCUUACUUUAAAUGGACGUGCCAUAUUGUAUAACCACAACCACAUUAUGUUUGAUGUACUAACACUGCAUUCACUUAACUUCAGUGUUUACUUAACACCGAUGCAUAUUAUAGAUGUGGUAGGUUUGUGUUAAUGCAACGCCUUUGGUCUGUUUAAACAUGUCAAAUGAAUACAAUUUAAGUUGUUACUGAAAUUCAAUUAAACCUUUAUUAUACUCUGGAAGCAUUUGUGGGACUAUUACAACUAAAGUCACACGUGUAAAAUACGAAUGUGUAUACAAACAGUCCCAAAAACAGAAACUAUACCAAUAAAGAAAUAUUCCAUUUCUAGAUCAAUCAAUGAAUAUCUCUAUAUAAUAUAAUCUGUGUAUAAUUUUACUGUUUUAACCCCACACUUGAAUGCAGCAACGAUAUUCAAACAGUAACAUAGUCAUAAACUGUUAUCUCUAUCAAAUACCUAUUUUCUGAACCAACUAACGUUUAUGGAUGUUGACAACUUAAACAUUAUUAAAUUCAUCAAACAUUUAUGUCAUUAGGAACUGGCCAACCUGGAGGUUAUGCUGUUCAAAAUGUCAACAGCUACACUGCGUCCAACUCUUCACUUUUGUAAAACAUUUACUGUACCACAGGUGACCGUGUCAAAUAACAAUAUAACAUACUAACAAAUAACUAAUAACAGUUGUGUCCAGCCUCAGUCCACAGUGGAAAAGCACUUCCUUAAAUAAGGAUGAACAGAAAUUGAACCCAGUUCUUGUCUUGAUGGCACGAUGCUCAUGCAGUUUGUUUUUGAGAACCUGCACUUUGGUGGAGAGCUUGUUCUGAGUCCAAUCCCGUCAAAAUGCUCUGAAGAAACUGCAAAGUGUAUCGCAGGUCCUUGGGAUCAAGUUCAAUCUGUAGCCAAACAGCGCUGCACAGCUAUUGGCCACAUCUCUCAGGUCUUGCAGCACUGUACAUCCUUCAACGAUGAUGCCGACAUCCUCCGGUGCAUGGGUUCCCUCGUGUCCCACGACGUAGAGAACAUCUGUAUUAUGAAUGAAUAUUUUAAAGUUUCUUUCAAGAAUAAGACCGGUAAUUGUGUUUUACUUGUGAAGAAAUCUGAAAAAAGGCUCAAGGUACACAAGGAAUCGACACGACCCAUAAAAUCACUAACAGCCCUAUAAGUCCUAUAAAACACACCUGUGAGAUAGGCCGCGGUGUGGACAGUAAGAAUGGAAAGUGUCACGUUGAUCGAGGACCGAAAACUACUCUGGAGGAGACUUUGGCCUCACAGCUGACAAACGACAGAAGUCAGAAUGUGGAUUUUUGUCUAACUCCGGCUCUGGUUGGCCGGUUUAUGUUGUCAACCGCUUUUUCGAAUCGUCUGUCCCUAUUGUAUCCAACUACUGCUUCCCUAGCCACUCGAAGCCCAAGAUGGGUAGAGCGUAAAAUGACGAUGUACAUGCUGGAUGCAAGCGAAGACUCAGAUAUUCAGAUAAGCAUUCAGAUUUAAUCCUGUUCUGGCUCGGUUUGAAACAGGUGUGCGAAUAAAAUCCACGAAAAGCAUUUGGUCUACAAGCGGGACGUGGAUGUCCUGUUGACGCCCGAAUGUCUUCUUCCCAACCCAGGAGUGUUUAAGUACUCGCACAAAGUGCAAAUGUUGGCGAACAGGCUGCACAGCCUGCUCUUGUUUUUCCAACUGCCGGCUGCUCACACACACACACACACACACACACACGCAUCCCCUCCACUUGAAGCGCUCUGCUAUUAAUACCUCAUAAAGCAUGUUAUCAAACUGCAUACUUUCCAUGAGCACCACCUCGACACUACCUCUUGCGUUUCUCCUUCCAUCCUGCAUUCUUUCUACCCUGCAUGUCUCCGUCCUUCCACUCUUUUCUAUUCCUAUUCAUCCUUUCUAUAUUCUCUCUCCCUGUCUGCCAGCUGGCCUGGUCCCCCCCCACCCCACCCUCAGCUUAAGUAAGACUGACAUGGGUUCUGCACUGGCGAGUCAGCUGAUGCGUCUUUGGUAUGUGUGUAAAAUCAAGAGCUGCGGGGCUCUUUGUCACGUUUUCCAUUCCAAGAAGUACAAAUGCAACAGAAAGCCGAUUAACGUCAGCUUGCUCAGCGGUGAUGUCAUUAUUUUCCAGUAUCUCGCCACACACGCACACACAGCUCUCUUUUCUGUGUGAUUAGUCAGCAUUGGCUAGUAUCUGUCAGUAGAGGUCUAAGCAGAAAAAACAGAAAGAGACCGUCCCUCCUUCCUCCACAGGCAAUUGGCUGGUGGUGAAUAAACGAAUGAAUGAGAGCAGGUUGAGAGGAGGGAGGGGCUUGUGUGUAAUGCGUCAUCGGCUGGCACACACUCAUUUAAGUGGCAGUGGAGCAGCAGUAGAAGAGAGAGACAGAUAUAGAGAGCGAGCUGGGAAGAGGCCCAUUGACAUUUUCUGCUCCACACCCAAAAGAUUCCUUCAGUCGGAGCGAGGUCUGCGUGGUACCGGGAUUGAGCGCUGAGCAGGAAGAAGAACGGAUCCAGACCAGAUAACCUUGGAGCGCGUAGGAGGCCGCGUGUUGACUGCAGAGUAUCGCCCACGAACUGGACCUGUUCGCUGUGAAGACGGAAGAAGAGAAGCUCUGGCUUCACCACCACCGAGGAAGACCCGGGUGCUGGAGGGAACGGACCAGCUUCCAGUUUGAGGAGCAUCCAUAACCUGCCCGUCCUCUGCCACCCUGGGGAAGGCAACGUUCCACCGGUCUCCCCGAUUUCCCCCUUCCUCUCCACUAUCAUUGCCGCCCGUCCCGCGUGGCGCCCGGACCUCAGGUAUACCUUCGAAAAGGUUUCGGCUGCCCGGAUCCCCCAGCAUGCACAUCAAGACUACCAAGUGUAACCACUUCUGCCUGGUCGCCUCGGUGACCAACCAGGAAGUGUUCAACCGUCCCGAGGCCCAGGCCACCUUUGAGGCCUUGUUCCGGUCAUUCGACCCGGAGGUGCAGUUCCAGUACUUCAAGUCUUUCCGGCGGGUGCGGAUCAGUUUCAGCGAUGCUCUGGCUGCAGCCGAAGCCCGACUCCGACUCCACAAGACGGACUUCAGCGGCAAGGAGAUGAGACUCUACUUCGCCCAGUCCGUCCAUAUAGGGAGUCCUCGCCUGGAGCCGCCCAAGCCAGACAAACAGUUCUUGAUCUCGCCCCCCGCCUCCCCUCCCGUGGGCUGGUCCCAGUCUCUGGACGCCACGCCGGUUGUUAACUACGACCUGCUGUGUGCCAUCUCUAAGCUCGGGCCAGGGGACAAGUACGAGCUCCACACCGCCACCCCCACCACCCCCAGCGUGGUCAUCCACGUCUGCGACGACGAGCGCGGCGACAGCUCUGCCCCCGACGACAGCGACCAGGACGACAAGCCCCGCCCCCUGCGGCAGAAGAUCGUUCAGACGCGCCGCCCCGACUUCACGCCCGAAGCGGAGCAGUGAGCAACGGUAUUGGCCGAGAGCUCGGCGCGCUCUCGGGGCUUUGAAGGUUUGGGGACUUCGGAGAGACUCCCGAGCAUUUCAUGAGGCGGGGGGACAUAACCUGUGUCCAGUGCUGCAUUCAUGUCCUGAGGGAAAGACGGGAGAUAAAAGCUUCUUCCCGGGCAAAACACUGAUCACGUGAAUGUCAUAUUUCUGCCUGUGAGUUUGUGGAUGAGAGAUGGAGCUGGAGGAAAUAAUAGUGAUAAAAUGUAGGAAUUUGUGUAUCCUCGUGUUUUGAUUGUAGUAUGAUGACGAGACUCAGCUGGAUGUUUGGUCUGUGGUGAUAUGUUGAGAAAAAAAACUCUGAAGUACCAUGACCAAGUUAGUGUUUGUGAUAUGAAGCAGGCCAAGGGGAAUAAAGUCCCUCCAGUGACUUGGAUGUUGGUUAUUCCCACGCGACAUGAAUGCAGCAUCACUCUGACUCGCCGUGUCCGUCCUCAUGUUGGCUUUGACCGAGGGAAAGCAUUUUUUGAAUAGGUCACUGCGUGUAGAUAUCAUAACCUCAGUCAGCUGUAGAAGCCGAAGAGCGACCCGCCGGCUUGUGUCUCCUCCUGGGAGGUCACGUGGACGCUGUGGAUCCCCCCCCCACCCUCCUCCCCCAUCAGCUCCACCACUGUGUGACAGCUUCACCUGCAGCUGUUGAGUGUUGGGCAUGUGGUCAAAGCUCGCCCUCCUCUCAUUGUACAGACCACCCUUCAUCACGAGGAGGAGGAAGAGUCCCGUCGGGACCGCUUGUAUUUUAGCUAGUUACUGGAGCUCUUCUGACAUUUCCCUGUCCUCACACUCACAAAGCAGCCAUGUUAAUGUGAGCACUUCAACGCCACCAACCUUUGAUAUGCUGUCCAUAAUGAACAAUCAGGGCUGACCUUUGACACUGGCUGUUAUUGUGAGAGACAAGAGGGAAGUUUUUGUGUUUUCACCGGUUGUCAGUUUGUGUCUGUCUGUCUGUUCCUCUUCUGACCGCUGUGCUAACCGUCCUGCUCCUCAUAGGCUCCACCAGUGUGCACGUUAAAGAGGAGGUUGCUCUCACCCUUUUUCUUUUCACGUUUGUAACAUGUGUUUUUGAUACUUCAGUGAGAGCACACAGCUGUGGUGUGUUUGGUAAUAAAUGGAUAUUUCCACCAGCUUCUCUGCUAUCCUGCAGAAACGAAAGUAGUGUACCGUUUCCUGUAUGAUGUAAUCUUGACAUUCUCUGUAGUUCUUACUCGUGCAGGCUUCUGGUCCACGUUGUUUGUGUGGAGGCUCUCACUGUGGCUGCUGAUGUUGGAGCACUGUGAGGAGCCCGGCUGUCUCAUUCAGCAUUAAACAAAGAUCCAACUGCA